GCGAAUCCGCGCGCGCGUGCUCGCCUUCCUCUUCCUCUUCCUCCUCCCGCUUUCAUUCUCUGGCUGGCUUGGCUUCGCUGUCCGUGUUUCUCACUCUCGUCGAGGUCAGGACGAGUGGACGACGUACGACAAUGGAGGAAGGCCGCGGCGACCGCGAGAAGUGCACGGACGGCGGGUGGACGGCGCAGCGUGCCAGUAACGGGGGCGUCGUCGUCGGCGGGAAUGGCGACGGCGACGGUGACGACGCCGGCAAGAGCCUCCGGAGGAUCGUGCGGCUGUUCUUCGCGUGCAUGGUGGCCGGCGGCAUCCAGUACGGCUGGGCGCUGCAGCUGUCCCUCCUCUCGCCCUACUCGCAGACUCUUGGGAUUUCGCACUCCUACGUCUCCCUGACCUGGAUCUGCGGACCAAUCGCUGGAUUUGUGGUGCAACCCAUCGUCGGUUACUAUAGUGACAGAUGCACCAUGAAGAUGGGCCGGAGGAGGCCCUUCAUCCUCGUUGGCUGCCUCAUCAUCUGCAUCUCUGUCAUGGUCAUCGGUUUCUCGGCGGACAUUGGACGGCACCUCGGCGACACCAAGGAGCACUGCAGUACGUAUAAUGGCCCUCGCUGGUCAGCAGCCAUGGUGUACAUUGUUGGCUUCUGGUUCCUUGACUUCGCUAACAACACUGUUCAGGGCCCGGCUCGCGCCAUGAUGGCAGAUUUGUCAGCGGGACGCCAUGGCCCCAACGUCGGCCAGUCGAUCUUCUCGCUGUGGAUGGCCAUCGGCAGCGUCGUCGGCUACCUGUCCGGCGCCAACGGGAAAUGGCACGAGUGGUUCCCCUCGCUGAAGACCGCGGCGUGCUGCGAUGCCUGCGCGAACCUCAAGGGCGCCUUCUUCACCGCCGUGCUGCUUAUCGUCGUCAGCAUGUCGGUGACAAUGUACCUCGCCGACGAGGUGGCGCUCGACAAGCAGGACGUUGGCGCCUCCUCCGGCUCCGGCGGCGGCGGGUGCGCCGUGUUCGUCGACCUCUUCAAGAGCCUCAAGAACCUUCCUCCCACCAUGUUCAGAGUGCUCGCCGUCACGGCCAUCACCUGGCUCUCGUGGUUCCCCUUCAUCCAGUACAACACCGAUUGGAUGGGGCGGGAGAUCUACCACGGCGACCCGCAGGGCACGGCGGCGGCGGCCGACGUGUACGACGCCGGCGUCCGCGAGGGGGCCAUGGGCCUGCUCUUCUGCUCCGUCGCGCUCGGCGCCACCUCCUUCGCCAUCCCCAAGCUGUGCCGCAAGCUGACGUCCAAGGUGGUCUGGUCCAUCAGCAGCUUCCUCGUGUUCGCGCUCAUGGCGGUGAUGGUCGUCGUCGGCACGGUGUCCAUGCGGGGCUACAGGCCGUCCCUUGCCGCCGGCCUCACCGGGCCGGACCCCACGCUCAAGGGCGUCGCGCUCGCCGUCUUCGCGCUCAUCGGCAUCCCCCAGGCCGUGCUGUUCAGUGUUCCAUGGGCCGUCGCGUCUGAAGUUACUGCUGAGGAGGGUGGUGGACAAGGUCUCGCCAUUGGUGUCCUCAACAUUGCCAUUGUCGUCCCACAGCUGGUGAUCGCGCUCACCGCCGGCCCGAUCGACGGCGCCUUCAACAAGGGGAACACGCCGGCGUUCGGUGUCGGCGGCGCCUUCGCCUUCAUCUGUGGAGUCCUUGCGCUCAUCUGGCUACCCAAGACAAGGGGUGUCUCCAAUGCCGCUGUCGUCGCCGGCGGGCACUGACCGUCAAGCACGGCCGGCACAUCGCCGGGGUCGCUCUCGAGAGGAAGAAAUUUGGACUACAAAACUUAAUUAUGUUGAUCGAUUUUUACUGUGUUUGUCCUUUGUUUUCGUUCUCGUUUCUGUCCAUUUGAGACGUACUGUUCAGCGGUAGAGGACAAGAGGGAUUCUUCCUGGCUGCGAUGUUUGGCAGCAGAUCAGGAAACCCAAAUGUGUUAAGAUGAACAAUAGUUCUCUCUGCUGUAAAUUGGUAGCAGCUUCUGAACAGCUAAAAGAAUAACAUGUGCAUG